AUGUCCGUCCGCUCUCCCAGCAGCACCAGAGUACCAUCCACCACCGGCAUGUCCGCGCCAGAUCCGAUCGACGAUCCGGCCCCCGAGCCGCCGCCGGCGAUGGACGCCGCGCUCCCGGCCGCCGUCGUCGCCACCAUCCUCUCCCGCCUCGACGUCCGCUCCCUCCUCCUCGCCUCCGCCGUCUGCCGCUGCUUCCGCUCCUGCGCCUCCCACGCCCUCUCCUUCCUCCCCGCCUUCCACCUCCUCGAGGUGGUGCUGACGCACAACCUGCUCCGCCCGCUGCUGCCGCGCAACCCGGCCCUGCGGAGCCUCCGGCUGGACGCCGCGCGGCUCGACGACGACGCCGUCGACUGCCUCGCCCGCCCCGGCCUGCACGAGCUCACCCUCCGCAACUGCAACAACAUCAGCGGCCGCCUGCUCCGCGAGCUCAGCGCCACCUGCCCGGAUCUCAGGGUGCUGUCUCUGAACUCACUUGCUGAUCGGAGGGGCUUGGCCAUGACAUUCUCUGAUCUGAAGGCGUUGCUCGAUGGAUGUUCCAGUUUGGAGACUCUCCGCUUGGCAUUUGAUCUCUCAAAGUUCGAUAACCCCAGUUUCAGCCAUGUGUGGUCAUCUGCUUCUGAAGGCCUGUCCUCUCUUGAAAUGGGUUUUAUUCCAUUGCAAAUGUUACUUGCACUUCUGGCUGUGGCUAUGGAGUCGCGACAACGCAUUGGUUAUGUCAAGGCACCUGUCUUUUUUCCUAGCCUUCAGAAGUUGCGCCUCACAGUUGAGUUCAUCACCGACCAUUUGAUUGGGUCCAUAUCAACAGCACUUCCAUUAUUGACACAUCUGGACCUUCAGGAUUCACCAAUUAUGGAACCUGAAUCUGCAACUGCAACAGAUCUCACAGAUGCUGGCCUUCAGCAGAUCAAUCCGAAGGGUAAGUUGAAGCAUUUAUCUCUAAUUAGAAGCCAGGAGUUCAUAUACACGUCUUUCCGCCAUGUAAAUGACCUGGGAAUUCUGCUAAUGUCCGAGAAGUGCACAAAUCUGGAGAGUAUCUGUCUUGGUGGUUUCUCCCGUGUAACGGACACCGGGUUUAGGGCUAUCAUACACUCUUGUCCAGGUCUUCAUAAGCUUAAGGUGACUAAUGGAAGCCAUCUCACUGAUCUUGUUUUCCAUGACAUUGUUGCCACCUCCCUUUGCCUAACACAUGUGAGUCUGAGAUGGUGUACUCUACUAACUGAUGCUGGGAUUGAGAGGCUGUCAUUCAACAAGGGUCUCAAUGUUUUGGAUCUUAAAGAUUGCAAGAGUCUGGGUGAUGAAGCUGUAAGAGCUCUGAGCUGCCUUCCCAGGCUGCGGAAAUUGGUGUUGGAUGGAACCAUGAUCACUAAUCAAGCAAUGGAGUAUCUGGGCGUUGGAGUAUGCCCGCUAGCUUCAUUAUCUCUGAGGGGCUGCUAUAAGCUAACAAAUGAUUGCAUACCCUUGCUGUUUGCUGGUUCUGUUAAAGAGAGCCUACAUGCAUUGGAUCUCUCAAGAAUCCCAAGUCUCACCGACGACGCUAUCAUGGUGAUAGUGCGGACCCGAACUCCUCUUACUGAGCUGCGGCUGCGAGAGAAUCCAGAAAUAGGGGAUGCUUCUGUCAAGGCUCUUGCAUCCAUGCAAUUCGAGGGGGUAACUUGCGGCAGCACCUUGCAGCUGCUGGAUCUCUACGACUGCGGUGGGAUCACAUUACUUGCAAUGAAGUGGUUUAAGAAACCACUCUUCCCAAGACUGCGAUGGCUCGGGCUAAAAGGCAGCUUGAACAGGAUCAUGGUCGACGCCCUGGUUCUAACCCGCCCUUUCUUGCGUCUAGCAUGUGGCGGCGAGGAACUGGGGACACCAUACCGGGACACAUCCGGCGAGUGGUGUCGGCACGAGGACGAUGAUUCCGAAGAUCUUGAGCCCUGGCACUUGGACGGUGAGGCAGUAUCUGAUGCCGAAACCGUCAACGAGGAGUAA